CUUGUUUUUGUCCAGAGGGGCAAGGAGGAGCUGAGGGAGGCAACGGCCUUGCUGACAGCCCAGCAAACGUCCUUAGAGAUCAUUGUCAACAUGUGCUGCUCUGACGACCCCUCUGAUGACGAGUGGGAAGAGGAAUCCAGCAGUGACGAGAGCGACUUGGGUCCGGAUGGCCUUUGUGACGGACUGUCCAACCUGAUGUCUCCACUGUGUUUGUCAGCUGAGGUUCACGGGGCCUUGAUCAACCACAGCAUACCAGAAAAGGUUCUCAAAAAGACAGAGUUCCCUAGAAAUGAAGCCAUGGACGUGUGCCAUCAGAAUCCCUCCUGGAGAGGCCUGAUAAAAAAGAUGCAGCGCGUCCAGUCCCGGGCGCUGACGUGCCUCCACAGCAUCCUCUCCACCAUGGAUGCUGAGUCUCUGGGCGGUGCGGCGGCCCUGCAGGGAGCAGCACAGCAUCUGUCCACGCUGGUCUUUGGUGCCGCAGAGCUUACCAAAGAUGAGGAGUUCCUCGAGGCAGUCAUCAGUGCAAUGCGGUCUCUUUUACAGAUGAUCGCCUCCAAAAAUAUCCCCCAGUGUAUGACCCCCCAGCAGCUGAUGAGCCUGAGCGAAGCAGCCACCCGCUGCGAUGUUGUCAGUGUGAGGGUCAACGCCGUCGCCAUCCUGGGCAUCACUGGCAGCACGUUAGCCAAAGAGAAGGGCACUGCAGAAACCCUUCAGAUGAUUGGAACCGCUUUACUUCAAGUUGCCACAAGGGACGCCGACCUGGUGGUAAAUGGAGAAGCCCUUGACGCUUUAUUUGAUGUUUUCGCGGAUGGAGACGAAGCAGAAACAGCUGCGAAAAACAUCCACUUACUGCCUGCACUGAAGGCACUUCAACCUGUUUUCAAGGCCAAGAUACGCAAAGAAGGAAAAGGCAAAUACACCCCUCAGCAGCUGUGUGUGCUGGACAACAUCAAAGUCAACCUGAGGAGAUUUAUUGGUUACCUGGAGAAGGUGGUGAAAAAAUGAGAACUUUCCGUACUUCAUAUUCCGAUCGGUUGAACCAAUAUGAUUUGGACGGGAGUGUGAAAUGAGGCAGAAUAUGGUUUUGAAACCAUUAAGUAUUUAUGUUUAUAUUCUUGAAAUAAUUGUUUACUGUUUUAUUAGUGAUGUGAAAGUUUAUUUGUGGUGAAGAGAAAAAAAAAGAGUGGAAACUAAGAAUUAUUAGUUGCUGCAUGUAGCAGAUAAGGUUUUUUUGUUGUUGUUGUUUUUUUUUGCUUUCAUUUAACUCAGAAAGAUUUACAAACAUGAAGUUGUUUAAUGUAAUCAUGUCUCCCAGUAGCAUUUUUCAGAGAUCAUGGCUGACACUGCCUCUCACCCCCUUCCUUUUAUCCCAUGUUUCAAUGGGCUUAACGUUGAUAUUUGCAUUUCUGCUGCAAGGAGGCUGAGCUGUUCUAAGAGCUGGAUAGUUAUAAUGAUUCAAAUAUCAGCUACUUAAUGACAAAGAGAAGACUUUGUUUUAUGGACAUUAUACAUUGGAAUCAUAUUUUUUCUCAAAAAAAAAAAAAAAUGAACAAAUGCUAUUUAUUUUUGCAAUUACUGACUCAGCUCAUACAGCUUGCUGGUACAUUUGUGUCUGCAAGUCACUACAGCAGAAAGCAUUCUUAUCAGUGGUAUUCUAAAAUAAUUGAUAAUAGGUUUGGGUGUCUUUAAAACUCACAAGAUGAUAAUCAGCCCUGUGCUACAACAGAGCAGGUUUGAAAUAAGUAAAUCUCCUUCGUGUCAUCUGUUUUGCACCUGAUCCAUCGAUCAUCACGCUUUACGUAACUGACAAACUCAAGUCUUUGGCCUUUUUUUUUUUUGUCUUGGUUUCUGAAAACUUUUUAGGAAAAUAUCAAUAAAACUCCUUAUCACUGAAUAAAGAAAACUAUUUAAUUUGAGGGAGAGUGUGUCACCAGGCUGUGAACAAAUGCCUUUUUUUUUUUUUAAAUGAAUCAUGAUUUCUUGAGAUGUCUCUUUUCUUUUGCACCACAUGACCAGUCAAUGAACCAGUAAGCCCAACGGAUCUGUAUGUCUCCUACCAAAUGCUGUUAUUUGAAGUAUCUGUAACUGAUAGUUUGAUGCUGAUUGUUGUUGCUACACACAACAAAGUCCUUACAAUGCAAUUUUACUGCAUUUUAACAAGAUUAAAAAACACUGUACAGAACAAGCUGCAACACAGCUACAUUUGACCCCCACCAUAUUACAUCAUAUAAAAAAGGUACAAUCUACUUGCAAGUAGUGCUGAAGCAGUUAGCGAAUCAGUUAAAUUGGAUAUGUUUUGUUGGUAUGUAUAUAUAGGUAAAAAUAUUGCUAAAGCAUCAAAGAUGGUGUAAUUUCAAAAAUAUAAAAUGAAGAAAGAAAAAAAAUCAAGAGAAAUAAAGAAAUUGAGUAAGAUGA